AUGUCCCUCGUGAGGAAAACUUUAUCCCUUUGUUCUUCGUACCCGACUCCGCCGUUAACCAACUACAAAAACUACGGCCCUUUCUCUUUUCUCGGCGAAGACAUCUCUCUGCACGUGCAGCAGCAACAGUUCGACGUCGACCAUCUCAUUUCCCAACACAUGGAGAAUGUGAGAUUGGAAGUCGAAGAAAAGAGGAAGCGGCAUGCGCGGUGGAUAAUGGAGGCGAUUGAGGUCGGGAUGGCGAAGCGGCUGAGGGAUAAAAAGGAAGAGAUUGAAAAAAUAAGGAAGCUGAAUUGGGCGCUGGUCAAGUCAUUGUGCGUAGAAAACCAAGUAUGGCAUAACCUGGCUCAGACUAACGAAGCCACCACCAAUGCCCUCCGCAUCAACCUCGAGCAGGUCCUGGCUCACCAGGCCAAGGAUGACGACAGCCGGCAGAGCGACGCCAACGCCGUCGUACUAAUGGACGACGCCCAGUCAUGCUGCGGAAGCAGCGGCAGGGACGAAGGUCGAAACGACGGAGUUGGGGAGUUAGACAGGAGGCGCACUGUCUACUAG